AUGGACGAUCCAACGACUAACCAGGUUGACGGGGACGCCUUCAUGUCCCCGACCUCGCUCUCCCCCUUUGACGAUUACGCCGCCAACCCAAGGUAUAUCGAGCUUCAGGAAGAGCUGCGAGGCCUGCUCUUUGCCGGAGUCUCGAGUCUCGACCCGAGCAAGAGCGCAACGCCUGAAGAACCGGCCGCCGACGAUGACCAGGCAGCAUCGGUGCCGUCCUCAAAGAGCCUCGACUUCUCGCGGGUGUCGAUCCCCAAGAUGAGGCUCGUCAAGUAUCUCAAGAACUGGGUCAUCGAGUGCUCGCCGUACCUCGACAAGUUCGACGAGGCCCGCCACUUUGGCAUCCAGGUGCCCCUGCUGGCCCAGAGCUCGCCCGGCCUGUUCUACGCCGUGCUCGCCUUCUCGGCGCGGCAGAUGGAGAGAAAGGCCUGCCUGGAGAAGAGCUACGACAGCCUCGAGCUGUACCAGGAGAGCAUCCGGCUGCUGGCGCCCGGAUUGCAGGCCAAGGACCCCAACAUGCUCGUCACGGCGUGCAUCCUGGCCGUGCUGGAGCUCAUGUCCGGCAGCCCUCGCAACUGGCGGCGGCACAUUGAGGGCUGCGCCUCGCUCUUCGCCUUCUACGAAGUCACCGGCUUCUCGGGCGGUCUCCUGCAGGCCGUCUUCUGGUGCUACGCCCGCAUGGAGCUGUGCGGCGCCAUCAUCUCGGGCGGCGCCGAGAGCACCGUCCUCGGCCUGGACAAAUGGGUCCCCCCCGUGCCCGAGGGCCUGGGCACGUCCAAGUCGCAGGCCGAGGACUUUGUCAAGAGCAUCUUCUACCAAAAGGGCCGCGAGACGCCCGACAUGCACGCCAACUGGGCCGUCUACCUCUGCGCAAAGGCCUGCGACCUCAUGUACCGCCAGGUCAGGCUCGUCGAGCUGGGCGAGCGCGACGAGACCGACGACCGGCCCUUUGUCGACCGGUGGCGCCGCCUCUGGUCCGAGCUGCAGUUCUGGCGCGACACGCGGCCAAAGUGCCUGCUGCCCAUCAUGACCACCGAGGCCAGCGAGAGCCAAAUCUUCCCCAUCAUCCUCUUUGCCCACUGGGCCGCCAUCUCCAGCAACCAGCUCUACCACGCGGCGUGCAUCGUCAUGCUGGAGAUGAGGCCGCCCGGCGAGCCGCUGCCCAACACACUCGAGUACUCGGCCGUCUGGCAUGCCCAGCGGGUGUGCGGCAUAUCGUGGACGAACCCCCACCGCGGCAACCUGAUCAACGCGAUCCAGCCUCUCUACAUUGCAGGCAGGCUGCUGACGCAUCCGAGAGAGCACCUCGAGGUGGCUCGGCUGUUCAAGAUUAUCGACAGAACGACGGGGUGGGGUGCCAUAUGGCGGUUGAAAGACUUGGAAGCGGAAUGGGGGUACGAGUCGGGAGAGAUUCUAAGCAUGAUUUGA